CAGUCUACAUCAGGUGUGACCAGUGACAGCAGCCAUCUGGGACUCUUGUCUUCUUUUCUUUGCUGUAUAGUUUUCAGACUAUUUAAAUCGCAUACUUAACUUAUUGUGAGCCUUAACUGGUGAAGAAAGUUUACAUUUUGCUGGUUGUCUCUAAGUGGAUUUAGUCCCGAAGGUCUCUGACAGGCUGCCGUAGCUAUAUGAUGGAAUUGGACAUAUUUUAUACAGAUGAUAAACUCCAUGGAUCACUGGACUAUGAACUCUAUCAUCAGCUCCUCCCUCCUUUCUACUGCCGCUCGUCCGACUUUCUUUUCCUGAAACUGUCGAAGUCCUCUGACUCUUGUUCUGAAUAUUUUGUUAAACAACACACUGAACUAAAUGGCUCAAGACUAUAUGAAACAAGGUGGUAUCGUGUGACAUCAUGGAGUCGUCGAUGCUGUUGCUGAUAAUAAUCAUGAAAGUCUUCAGUGGACAUUCCCUCACAUGUCAUUCAGCAGAGUACCAAACAGCGGGAGGAUGCUGUCCUAGAUGUCUUGCUGGAGGUCGAGUUAAAACAGAUUGUACGGAGUUCAGAACAACAUCCUGUCUGCCCUGCACUGAUGGAACCUACAUGAAUCAGUCCACUGGACGUAAACAGUGUUAUACAUGUGCAAACUGUGAUGCAGGUUCUGGUCUGCAGAUAAAGACAUCAUGUACAUCAACAUCAAAUACAGUUUGUCAACCACUGGAGGGAUUCUACUGUAUGGACUCCACAGAGGACGGCUGUGUGAAAGCACUGAAACACACAAGCUGUCAACCAGGACAAUACAUCAGACAAAAAGGAACAGCUCUCAGGGACACUGAGUGCACUGACUGCAGUGAUGGAACAUUUUCAGAUGGGACAUUUACAUCUUGUCAACCACACACACAAUGUGAAUCACCAAAGCUUCAGCUGAUCAAACCAGGAACUGAUUCAGCUGAUGCUGAAUGUGGAAAACAAAUUUUUGUGAUAAUUGUGACUGUCGGGAUUUUGGUGCUUUUUUUAUUAAUUGGCAUAGCUGGAUUAGUUUACUUUAUCAUAAAGAAGAAAUCAAAAAAAAAGGAAAAUGGAGACAUUCCCAUAGAGGAAAAAACAAAUGGAGAAAGGUCAGAGAUGCUACCUGGAUGCCAUAUAGUAUCAGAAAAAAAGGAAAAUGCAGACAUUCCCAUAGAGGAAAAUACAAAUGGAGAAAGGUCAGAGAUGCUACCUGGAUGCCAUAUAGUAUCAGAAGAAAUGGAAAAUGCAGACAUUCCCAAACAGGAAACUGGAGACGAUAUGUCAGAGAAGCAAAACAGAUGCUAAACAGUAUCAGGUGUGCUGCUGCUUAGAAACAUGGACCAACGUCUCAACAUCGUCCUUCUUGGAAACACAGGAGUUGGGAAAAGCGCUUCAGCAAACACCAUUUUAGGAUUGAAAGCCUUUAAAUCACAGCGGGCCUUCAAAUCAGUGACAAAGCAAUGCUCUGAAGCAGCUGGAAAUGUGUGCGGGAGACAGAUCUCAGUGAUCGAGACUCCAGGAAUAUCAUGUGCUGGUGAUGAAGAACAAAUUAA